UUCUACAUUCAAAGAGUCAGUAAAACAUGGCGGCGCCCAUGAAAUGGAAAAGACUUGUGUUCUCUGCGUAUACUCCAGCCUUUUCCUGGGUUUUCACAAGGAUAACAGACCGCUUUUUCAGGGCACAUGAUCGGAGGAGAGGGUCUGCGGUGCUGCUUUUGGCUCCUCUCCUGGCAGAGGCAGAUUCAGCACCCCUGGCCUCCUCCAGACCUCCAGGCUUCACUGGCGUCGAGAGCCUUCACUCCCGCUUCCACUGGAUGGCGGAUCAUGUACCGGCUUUCAAAGUCCCUGGGGGCCACAUUCGCGUCCUCCACUCACCUGAUGAGUUUUAUCAAGCCAUGAAGGCUCGUAUCAAGACAGCCAAGAGUCGUGUGGUGAUGGCAUCUCUGUAUCUGGGCACAGGACCACUAGAGCAAGACCUGGUUGAUUGCAUGGAAGAAGCAUUAGAGCGCUCACAGGAAGAUCACACACCUGAUCUCAAAGUGUCGUUUCUGCUGGAUUAUACCAGAGGCUCUAGAGGUAAGCACAAUUCCCGCACAAUGUUACUGCCGCUCCUCCAGCGUUUCCCCGAGCAGAUGAGAGUGUCGCUGUACCACACGCCAGACCUGCGAGGACUCCUGCGGCUCCUGGUACCUGAACGCUUCAAUGAAACCAUCGGCGUGCAGCACAUCAAGGCAUACCUUUUUGACAACAGUCUCAUCAUUAGUGGGGCCAAUCUGAGCGACUCCUACUUCACCAAUCGGCAGGAUCGUUAUGUUCUUCUGGAGGACUGCAAGGAAGUUGCUGAUUUCUUUGCUGAACUGGUUGGAGCCGUGGGUGACGUGUCAAUGCAGCUCCUGCCUGACAACAGUGUGGAGAUGAUGGAGGGAAGGGUGCAUCCUUACAAAGGCAACAGAGCAGAUUUUUCAGAAUCGGCCCAGAGACGGAUCAUGGAGGUGGUGAACACUGCCCGCAUCCGACAAAGCAUGCUAAAAACGGAAUGCUCCGACCAUCCAGACUCAAACGGGACAUCGCCAAACGACACCUGGAUCUUUCCCUUGGUGCAAAUGAAACCUCUAGGCAUCCAUCUAGAUGAACAAGUGACCAAACGACUGCUUACAGAGGCUGGUGGAGAUGCUGUGGUUUACCUGACGUCGGGCUACUUCAACCUGACACGCACAUACAUGCAGCUGGUUUUAGGCGCAGAGGCAGACUAUCGUAUUCUUAUGGCCUCUCCUGAGGUUAAUGGGUUUUUUGGAGCCAAAGGAGUAGCUGGGGCAAUUCCAGAGGCCUACGUUCACCUCGCCCGGCAGUUCUACAAUAAGGUGUGUCAGCUUGGCCAACAGAGUCGUGUCCACUUGCAUGAAUACCAUCGCCCUGAUUGGACGUUUCAUGCAAAAGGUCUGUGGUAUUAUGUAGGAGGAAGAGACUGCCCCUGCCUCACCCUGAUUGGCUCCCCAAAUUUCGGCUAUCGCUCUGUGCACAGGGAUCUGGAGGCUCAGAUCGCUAUAGUAACAGAGAACGAGGAACUCCAAACGCAACUUCAACAGGAGCAGGAGGUGUUAUAUCAGAGCUCAACGCAAGUGUCAAACUCCACUUUUAACCAGCCGGACCGCCAUGUAAAGCUCUGGGUCAAACUGGUUACUCCACUCAUCAAGAACUUCUUCUGAGUUCAACAGGCCUGAUGUGAUGGAUAUCACUGUCUGUGACAGGUGAAGGUGAAGCUGUGCAAGUCAUUUUCAGAUGUUGAUGGUCUCUGAAUGCUCUUUAUUGACUGGAAUCAAGAGGGGGGUUUUUUCCAGAAAAUUUCAUCAGUGAUCUAAAACAAACACUCAACUAAUCUGCUGUGUGCUGUUUUACUCAAACACAUUCAUUCUGCUCUAACAAACCCAUUUUUAGAAGGAGAAGUUCAUCGAAACCAGCAUGAUGGACAUGUCAAACAGCAACAAUGAACAUGUGACCAUCAGUUUAGAGUGCAGUGCAUUUGACAUUUAUACAGUAUGUAAAUAUUUUAGUUAAUUUAAUUAGUUUUUUUCCUGUAAACAUUUCAGUUUUGUCACUUUAAUAAGAUGCUGUUUAACUAAAACCCUUUCCGUUUCUAUUUGCUCUUAUUUUUACUUCAUUUUUAUUUGGUUGAAAAUAUAAUUUCAGUAAUAUUACAGCGCAUUCAUUAUGGAAUUGUAGCAACUCUUAACAAAAAAAAAAACAAAACAAAAAAAAAAAGCCCACAUUUCCUACUGUCUGAAACAAGUGCAAC